CCGCGGGCCGUUCCCGGAAGCGGUGAGGGCGCUCCCGGCGCUUCCGGCCGGGCGAGGAAGGGGCGGGAGGGGGGAAGGAGGAAGGGAAAGGAAAGGAAGGGAAAGGAAAGGAAAGGAAGGAGAGGAGGAGGAAGGAGGGGCUGAGGCGGCCGCGCACCGACCGGCGGGACCCGCCACAGGAGAUCGUGCGCGGCUCCCGCCGGGGCCGCCAGCCAUGCGCACGGCGGGAUGAAGCUGCAGGCGGUGGUGGAGCAGCUGCAGAAGCAGCAGCAGCAGCAGCAGCAGCAGCAGCAGCAGCAGCCGGCGGUGCCCAUGGAUUGCCGGGAGCGCCGCCGGGAGCCGCAGGUGCCCUUCCCGCCGCCGCCGCCCUUCCCUGGCCAGCCCCGCGCCGGGCGCGCCCCGGGGAUGGCACCCGCUGUCCCCCCGGGGAUGGCACCCGCCGUCCCCGCGGGCAGAGCCCCCGCCACGGCCGGCCGGCCCUUGGAGCAGAGCAGCGGGAACUCUGAGGACGAGGAGGACGAGGAGGAGGAGGAGGAGGAGGAUGAAGAGGAGGACGAAGAAGACGGCGCCGAGCUGGAGGACGGCGCCGGGGUGCCCGGCCAGGAGAGCCGCUCUGCCCUCCCGUAUUUCCGCGCUCCCAAAGGUGCCCAUGGCAGCCAGAGAGCGGGAUCUGCCGCCAGCCCCGUGCCGGGCGCGGGGCACCCGCGGGGCGCCCAGCAGGGCAAGGAGGAGCAGGGCAAAGACUCUGCCAAGCAUUGCGGAGCCUCGGCGGGGCGCCCCGGCUGGCGCCCGGACGAGCAGCUCAAACAGAACGGCGGUGUGAGCUGGAGCGACGAAGGCGACGGCUGCCGGGGAAGGGAAAUCUCCCGAGACUUUGCCAAGCUCUACGAACUGGACAGCGAUCCCGAGCGCAAGGAGUUCCUGGAUGACCUCUUCAUCUUCAUGCAGAAGAGGGGAACUCCCAUCAACAGGAUCCCCAUCAUGGCCAAGCAGAUCCUGGACCUCUACAUGCUCUACAAGCUGGUGACGGAGAAGGGCGGGCUGGUGGAGAUCAUCAACAAGAAGAUCUGGAGGGAGAUCACCAAAGGCCUUAACCUGCCCACCUCCAUCACCAGCGCCGCCUUCACCCUGCGCACCCAGUACAUGAAGUACCUCUACGCCUACGAGUGCGAGAAGAAGUCUCUGAGCUCCCCGGCCGAGCUCCAGGCCGCCAUCGACGGCAACCGGCGCGAGGGCCGGCGGCCCAGCUACAGCUCCUCCCUGUUCAGCUACUCGCCCUCCACGCCGGGGCCUCCUUCCCUGCUGUCCCCCCCCAAAAUCCGCUUCCCCAUCAUCGGCGUGGCGCCGGGCGGCGCCGCCGGCAACCCCCGCGUGUCGCCGGCCCUCAGGAAAGGUGACGGCGUGCCCCUGGCCGUGUCCAUGCCGAGCCGCGUGGCCGUGCCGGUGACGCUGGGUGGCCAGCAGGCCGCCGCGGCGGCCAGGACGGCCACGCUGGAGCAGCUGAGGGAGCGGCUGGAGGCGGGAGAGCCCCCGGAGAAGAAGGUGCCGCGGAUGACGGAGGAGGAGCAGCGGCUGGUGCAGCAGGCCCUGCAGCGCAACCUGUUCAGCAUGGCCCGGCAGAUCCCCAUGAAGAUCAAAAUCAACGGGAAAGACAAGGCCGACUCCGCGGCGGCGGCGCUGAACCUGUCCCCCAACGGCAUCGGCAGCAUCAACAUGUCCGUGGAGAUCAACGGCACCACCUACGCUGGGGUGCUGUUUGCCCAGAAGCCCGUGGUGCAGCUCCUGGCCGGCUCGGGCCCGCAGAGCUCGUGCAGCAGCAGCAGCAGCAGCAGCAGCAGCUCCCACUGCUCCCCCAGCCCUACCUCAUCGCGGGGCACGCCCGGCGCAGAGCCCUCCACCAGCUGGUCCCUGUGACGGCCGCUGCCCCGGGAGUGCACACAUACCUCACCUCAAGGAACCUGCUCUCGUGGCUGCAGCACCUGGAGGAUGAUGAUGAUGAUGACGAUGGUGGUGGUGGUGGUGGUGGUGAUGGUGGUGAAACCUUUCCAUGCCAGCGA